ACAUCACAUUUAGAAACCUUCGUUAAGUAAUAAACGUACUUUCCGAAAUGCAACCAUGUUUGGAUUUACUGCAAAUACUUAUUAAACACAGCUGUUAGAUAUUUUCAUAUUGAAUCAUUGAAUAAAAACAAAACAAAUUACAUUUAUUACAGUCGAAAAAAAUAUACAAAGGGGAAACGUAGAAAAAAUUGUUCUGUUAUGUGUGUUAAAUUUUUGAAAUCUUUCAGUGAAAAUUAGUUAUUUGACAUCGUUCUAGAAAAAGUUGCUACGCCAUUGAAGAUAAAGAAAAUAGACAAAUUGCUAUAUAUAUUGGAAAUAACCAUAUAAUGUGCACAACUAGUAAUCAAGUAAAUUAUGUUUACACAUUGUUAAAAGAAAAAUUAUACACAAAAACAGCUGAAAAGAAAAUUCAGAUAAAAAGAAUUUGAAAGAAGAAACUAGUAGCGAAGCAAAUAGUGUUAGUUCAUUUGUCAAUAUAAAUAUAUAACACCAAAAAAGAAGGAAUAUAUUUUUAUAAAGAGAAGUUAAAGUAAUUGUGCUCUUGGUAGUGCAUAUGUGAAUUGAAGUUAAUUUUUCCAGAAGAAAUUUUUAGUUAAAAAUUUACUUUUGGAAGUUGAAAAAUUUUUCAGGAUGACUAUCAAGCCUUUAGUGACAACCUCUCAAAAACGUGUUUCGGGAGAUACGGAAAAAGAGUCCCAUUCGCAUGCAAGUCAUAAUGCCGUAGACGCAGCAAGCAGCCACAAUCAGCAAAACGUGGUAGUUCGGAAUUCAGCACAACAUCGGAACGUUGUUAUUGAUGGACAUCGAAAGAGUCCUCAAAGGCGCGUAGAAGUCUAUGAAGAGUUAAGCCGACAACGACGUAGUCCAAAUAAGAAUUUACGCUCUAAGAGACGCGAUGCAAAAGAUCUCCAAUAUAAACGUGAUCGUAAUGAACGUGAAAAGCUUACCAAUCAAAAUAGUGUCCCUGGUAAAUGUGUUACACCUCAUAUACACAAUGUUUCAACUGCUGGUAUUAAAAAUAACGGUGGUAAUAGUCCAGCACAUGUUAAUAUCGGUGGUAAGUCCCCAGAACAUUUAGGUAAUAUUUCGGUUUUGGGUUGUCAAAAUUCUCAACCUCAAAAUCUAAACCAAGUGAAUGCUAAGUUAUUAAAAAAGGACGAAGAUAAGUGUUCGGGUUAUAAUAGUGGUGAUGAACAUACUCAGCCAAAGGAAUGUAAUAUCUCCGCUGAUGAAUGGAAUCGUCGUGAUGAACAAUUUGCAAAAUGUAUGGUUGAUCGUGGAUAUAUAUUGAAACCAGUGGAAGAAGAUGGUGCUUGUUUAUUCCGUUCGAUUUCCUUACAGAUUUACGGUGAUGAAGAGAUGCAUGAUGUUGUAAGACAAAAUACAAUGGAUUAUAUUUAUCAAAAUCGGGAAUAUUUUCGUCAUUUUGUUACAGAAGAUAUUAACAGUUAUAUUAAACGAAAACGCCGCAAUGAUUCGCAUGGAAAUCACAUUGAAAUACAAGCUAUGUCUGAAAUUUACAAUAGACCUGUUGAAGUUUAUUCAUAUAAACCAACACCAAUUAAUAUUUUCAAUUCGGAGCAAUUAAAGAAUGGACUUGCCCCUUUACGUCUAUCUUAUCAACGUGGUUCACACUAUAAUGCAAUUUUAGAUCCUUAUAAUGCAACAGUAGGUGUUGGACUGGGUUUAGCUGGUUAUAAACCUGACUUACAAACAAAAGAAGCAGCUCGUUUAAGUGAACAGCUUGAAAUUGAACAGACAAUGUUUGAAGAUAAACUAAAAACUACAGAUUGGGAAGCAACGAAUGAAGCUAUUGAAGAACAAAUUGCACGUGAAUCAUAUUUACAAUGGUGUCGUGAUAAUUUGCAAAAAUCUCGUAAUGUAGCUUCAUCUACCGCUGCUUCAACGUCAGCUACAAUUACAUCAGCAGAAUAUGCAUCUGGUACUGAAGCAUCACCGUCAAAAUAUUCAAAUCUCAAAAAAUCAGGUAGCAGUAGCACUAUCACUGCUGCAACAGCUAUAACUGCAGGUUCAGGACAUAAUUCACCCAGCUGUGCUAGCAUAUCACACAAUACGACAUCAUUAGAACAUACAAUGUCAUUAAGUAGCUUAGGACAUAAUAUUAAAUUUGAAAAAAAUAUGUGCGAUUUGGGAUUUGAUAGCGAUGAUACUGACAUGAGUAGCACUAGUUCUAGAAGUACUAAUUGUGGAAAUGAUAGUAAUUCUCCAUCGUCAGCUGCACGUGCUCAAAAAAAUAAGUCACGUGGUAAUGGUAUUCGUGGUAAUAAAAAACGCAGACGGGAACGUAUUGCUGCUGCACUCUCAAAUAGUAAUGAUAUUGAUAAAUCAAAAUGUGAUACACCGUCAGUAGUUAAUGCAUUACAAAAGAAACGUUCUCACACACCCGAGGUUGAACAACAACCUAGUACUUCUAAGCAGUCGAGCACACCAGAAAAAAACAAAACAAACUCAACCGUGUCUUCCACUAUUAAAAGUUGCGAAUCUAAUUUCUAUCAAGAGCUUUUAGAAGCAUCUUAUGCAGAUGGAUUUGGUCAAUUGAGCGAGUCAGAAAUGCUGCGUCGUGCUAUACAAAUGUCGACAGAAGAUUACAUUGAAGAUCAGAAACGGAAAUAUUUUUAUGGCCCAUAAAUUAAAUAAAAAUUAUUCAGAAAUUUGUUAAAAAAAGAGGUAUACGUAAAU